AUGUUCCUGCCGCCUGCGAGAGGAGAAAAGGCUUCAGGGCUGCGAGAACAUCUGUACGAACUGAUGAAGGACAGGAGCCGAGCUGGAGGUAGAAUGAGCACCAGGACCACAGUGAUGUCGGACAGAGCCUCUCUCAGGGACCUCGGGACCCCCGCUGGGGGGAAAGACAAAAAUUCGGACCGAAGCUGGAGGAGAGGGCAGCCUCCUUGGAGGGGCGCGCGGCGUGGCCUCCUUUGUAAGAGGUCACCACAGAAUUCCUGCCUCCAGAAGCCAGAGAUGAAGCUACAGGUGAAGGAUGUGGCCCCUCGGUGUCGGGUUCGCUUUGCUAAGUGCCAGCUCCUGGCCACCUGCUUCUUUGCCCUGCUGCUGAGCCUCUCCAUGGGCAUGCUGACCAUCCUCACCCGAUUCGGGGACCGUUUUGUCAUCCUCCACACCAUCUCCCCAGGGAACAAUCCCUAUGGACUCAUGUAUCGAUGGGCUUUCUCCCUGGGCAUCUUCCUGACCUUCAUGCUGGCCCUAGGGGUCCUACUGAGUACCGUGGCCGUGGUGCGGGAAGCCAAGGGCAUCAUGGCUGGGGGCUUCCUUUCCUUCACCCUGGUGUUCUUUGUGGCAGUGCAAGUGACCUUCUGGAGAUACUGGGAGCCCUCCAAGGUAGAGAACACCGUGCUUGACACCUAUGACCUGGCUUAUGAACAGGCGAUGAGGAACGCCUCCGAUGUCUGGAGGCAGAAGCUGGUGGCCAUCCAUGACACGUUUGGCUGCUGUGGAAAGAGCUCACCUCUCAGCUGGCUUGGACAGGAGGAGAAGGACUUGUGUGGGGCAGACCAGCAGAGAGAGGGAUGCCUCCAGGAGAUCAGAAGCUUUGUGAGGGAGUACCUAAGAUUCGUCAGCCUCCUGCUCGGCAUUACCCUGGCCUUUGUGGUUUAUGGAAUGUUUCUCACCUCCUUCCUCUGGCUGACCAUCCAUCACGGCAGGAACCUGGCCCGAAGGGGCCAGUACACCCUGACCCCCCAGUAGGGUCUGAUGUUGGGGGGGUCUUCUUUCCUUCCUUCAGCUCCCCGGGAGCCUGCCUGAGGAUGGCAGCAGCCGGCCCUUGCAGGGGCAGCCCCCCAGGAGGCUGCUGGGAGUGGGAGUCAGCCACCAUGCCCUCCCCAGGUGACCCAGGACGGCCUCUCUUCUAGGACCCCCAGCUUCCUCAUCUGUCAGGAACAGUGACCCCUCCACUCUACCUCUGAGGACUUUUAGGAGAAAAGUGUUGGGAAGCUGAACAGUCACUAUUGGGGCCCAGCCCCUCUGCCCUCCUCUGUCCCCCUCCUCUCCCUCACCCUGAGUUCCCGACAAUCCAGCGACCACCCUCAGUGCCCUAGAGCAGGGAGUCUUCACUUGGGAUUCCUGGGCCCCUGGAGGGGCCUUGUAACUUGUCACCUUCUGACAACUGUACUUCAAUAGAAAUCAUUUCCUUUGUGAUUUUAUGCAUUAUUAUUGAUAUUGGUAUUAUCUGCAUUGAAACCUGAUGGUGAGAAGGGGUCCCUGGGCUGAACCGGCCCGCCAGAGAGGGCCAUGACAGAAAAGGAUGCUGCGGGACCUCUGUUCUAGGAUCCCCCCAACUUCUCAGGUAGAGGGGGCCCCAAGUCCACAGCUCCUCAAAGGGCCCCUCCCCUCCUCUUCCUCAUUCAGACAAAGCCAGCUGUCAGCCACUCACACCAGAGGAGAACUCAGCCAUCUCAAGAAAAGGGAAGCUUGGUGACCAGCUCUGGGCCUGAAUCGUUCGUGUCAAGCUCCCAUCUCUGAUGCAGCCACAGCAUCCAUUUGGGAGCAUACUCGCACAACCAGGGGCUCUAGAAGCCCUCCCUCUUCUAAAGAUCUUUCAAAGAUAUAAAUAACAUGGUUUACUGAUGCCUUUCGGCCUCUUCUCAGAACCAUUUCCUUCCCCAACCCCCCUGGGACAGAGUAAAAGCAACCUCUGUGGGAAGCUGGCCUGGUAGUGGGCAUCUGCCACCCUCUGCCCUAGAGUCCCCAGCCUUUUCUCCUCUAAGACAUGCCUCAGUGUCAGUUAUUCAGCCCGUUCCCCUUCAUCUCUUCAUUUCCACCGUCGCAGUCGGUCUCUCCUUGGUUCUUGGCCCCUGCUCGCUUGGCUCUGCAUCAGUUCAUAAAAUCGUCCCAUGUUUCUCUGGAUCCCUCUCCAUUCCUCACCACAAAUAACACCCCAUUAUACUCGUAUGCCAUAGUUUCUUCAGCCCCUCUGAACUCUCAAGUUCUUAGAUUUGGGGCCAGAAGGGAUCUGACAAGCCAUCCAGUCUAACACCCUCAUUAUAUAGAUGGGGGAAACGGAGGCCCAGAGGGAUUAGGGGGUCACACAGAUAGUGUCAGAGCCAAAAGUCAGACUUGGGACCUCUCAUUUUUAAUCUAGAAUUCUUUUUUUAAAAUGUAUUUUAUUGGGGGGGGGGGCAAUGAUGGUUAAGUGACUUGCCCAGGGUCACACAGCCAGUAAGUAUCAAGUGUCUGAGGCUGGAUUUGAACUCAGGCCCUCCUGAAUCCAGGCCGGUGCUUUAUCCACUGCACCACUAAGAUGCCCCCUAAUCUAGAAUUCUUAAAAGUAAGUUUCAGUUCUGAAGCAAGCAAUAAAAACAAUUGGGGAGAUACAGGCCUGAAUAGAAAACAAACCGAAGGAAUGAAUAAUAGAAGAUGGUCAGUCAGAUAGCAACAGGGAGGGCUUUUGAGGGUCAGGAGAAUUGGGACAAAUUCUGGUCACAUUGUUCCCAGUUCUUUGCUAUCACAAAAAGAGUACCCCAUGAGGAUUUGGGUACCUGCUAGACCUUUGUUUCUGCCCUUGACUUCCCCAGGGUUCGUGCAUAUUUGUAGGGACACUGGCUCAAUGGGAGUGGACAGCAUGGCCUCUUUAAUUGAGUGAUUCUAGAUGGAAAUCCGCAAUGGCUGGACCCCUUCGGUGAAUCAAUGGGCCAUCCUUUCCAUGGCCCCACCACCAUGACAUUUCUCCUACCUUUGUUAUUUGGGGCACGUUUUCACGGAUCUUUCACAGCUCGCAAAUAGUCUCUUGGAAACUGUUCCUACCUUUUAACCGCUUGUCUGAGCAGGUUCUUGCAGGAGAGCCACUCUCCAUGUGCAGGUCGUCACAAUUCUGGGGGUGUCUAUUGGGUUUGCCGACCACCUCUGUCUUUUAUUCCCUAUCAGUUGCUGGCACAGAAUAUUGCUGUGUCUGUUGUUGGUAAGCAAGCCUUGAAUGCCUGCUCUUUGUGUCAUUGUGUAAUAGAGGUCGAUACAUUAAAAAGUUCAAGAGAUAGCCAUACACACCCUAAUACACAUCCUUUGAAAUUUCAUUAGGUGUGAUAUAUCUGUUUCAUUCGGUACUGGCUGUGAGUCCCCUUAAUUUUUGAAUCUCGAUGUUGUCACCUUUGAGUGCAAUCUUUUAAAAAGAUGGGGACUAGGGCAGCUAGGUGGCGCAGUGGAUAGAGCACCGGCCCUGGAGUCAGGAGGACCUGAGUUCAAAUCCAACCUCAGACACUUAACACUAGCUGUGUGACCCUGGGCAAGUCACUUAACCCCAAUAGCCUCACUAAAAAAAAAAAAAAGAUGGGGACUCAUCAGUUAGGGCAGCUAAAUAAGCCUGAUACGUGGGUACAGUGGCAUGUCAAUAUGCCAUAAGAGACCACAAAUGCAAAGAAUGCAGAGAGACAUGGGAAGGCUCACCCAACUGAGGCACAGUGAAGUAAGUAGAGGCAGGACAGCGAUGGCAGCAAUGCACUACCCUCCAAACAACCAGUAACGAAUAUUAUCGAAUCACAAAGGACAAGAAGAGACCAUGCCCACUCCCUCAGAGAGGAGGCCCAUAGGUGGAACAGUGCACAUAGGGGAAGAUUUGAGGGGGUGGUAAAUUGAUUACUUUUGCUGAUUUCUCCCCACUUGAGAACUGUGGCCAUGGAACUAUAUUGGAGAAGCUGACAGCACAAAGUUAGACCUGGGCUCUCCCUUGUAAGAAU